AUGACGACGAUGUUACCAGCACCGUAUUCCCUCCCCAAAGCCAACGAACUGGGCGUUGUGGACAGCUCGAUGGCGGUCAAGGACCGAAAAGAAAAGAAACGGAUUCAGAAUCGAGUGGCUCAGCGGAUCUACCGGCAACGCGUCAAAGCUCGUCUGGCGGAUCUCCAGGCACGAGUCGAAGACCACGAGCAAAGUCGGCUGCAGCGGACCGACGAUCACGACAAGCUGGGUGCCAGUCAAAGCCGCACAGUGACAGCGGAACUGUGCGCGAUAUCUCCAAAAUCACCCCUAGACCUGGAUAGGUCAGCUGCCUUAGGUCUGGUUCCACAAGGGGGCUCCUUCCAGAAACAGAGGCUGCCACUACAAGUACACUGUCCGCAGAAUGUGCAAGAGACAGGCGAGACUAGGAUAGGGAAUGCAAAGCUCCUCCUGGAUUAUAACGGUUCCGCCCAACACCCACUGGAUCCAACCAUCUGGCAAGACAAUGCAAGUUUUCUCGGGAAUGUCUCUGGUGGCCCCAACGCAAGCCCAGUGUUAGCAGAGCAAUCCAACAGCGCCACCAUCUUGAUGACAGAAAGCCGGCGUAGCAUAGACAGGUUGUUGGACACGUUGGGUAACACCUGGGAACCAGAGCCUCCGUAUCAACCGAUGAGCAGAAUUCCGUCGGUGGGAAGCGUCUCUAAUCCCACCCGCACCUCAGACUCACCGCACAACACACCCAACUCGGUGGCGAUGUCCACAGACCAUACGUCGCUAAACGACCGCCUUGAAUGUGUGAUGGAAUGUGUCAUGCAUAAUGGAUUCGACAACUUUGACGUGCUGGUCACGGCCUAUUACAAUGGGACUUUUGCGGAAUCAUCACCGCUAUCGUACGAACAACGUCUAAGCCGCACUCGACGGCUUCCCAAAGUUAUCGCAGAUAUAUGUUAUGCCGCAGACCAAUGGGACUCAUGGGAGCGGCGAAUGUUUCAUGAAGAAAUCUUGAAGACGACGGAGACAAUCUUAUUAUCUGAGGGCGAUGGCGCGCGAAACAAUCUGAAUGACUGCAUCAUUCCCUUAGCGCAGGCGCAGCAUACGACUAGCAAGAUAGGUAGCCCUAAUGCUAUAAAGCGGAUCAUUCAAAAUGAGUUACCAACCCGAUGGGCUCUGAUGAUGGGCUUGGCCGCCGAGAACAGGGCUGCCUGGCAAAGGGAUCGAUCAGACACAGCGCUUGCAGCCAUUGUCCUGUUGCAUUUCGCCGGUCGUAUACCAAAGGAACAGCUGCUCUGCAUUCUCAGCACGUUCCUGUAA